AUGACUGUUGGGGAUCUCAUAACCGAACAUGAAUAUCAGUUUCGCGUCAUUGCCCAUAACGCAAUUGGUUUUUCAGAACCAUCUGAUCCUUCACCACCGAUUGUUAUUGGAGUACCGAUUAAUGGUGAUGCGAAAUUUGUGGGAGCACAAUAUGGUUCUUUUCCGCUAUUACAAGAUGAAAUCAUUCGAGAAUCACCCCCUCUUCCUGAUAGAGAUGAUUCUCCUCCACCGAUUAAUAGAACAUAUAUGAAAGGAAAGGAUGGAUUACAUUGGAGAGAUCCAACAUUGAAAGAGGUGAUCGAAUAUCUGGAUAGUCCGAAUAAGAUUGAACAGUUAAAUGCUUCGGGUUAUCUGCAACAUCUUACAUAUAAUGACAAUGCAAUUAAAGAAGAGACAAGGGAAUUACAUGGAAUCCCAAAAUUAGUGCGUCUGUUAAGCAGCGAUGCUCCUGAAAUUCAAAAAAAUGCCUGUGGUUGUCUCAAAAAUUUAUCUUUUGGAAAAGAAAAUGAUGAAAAUAAACGUGCAAUCAACGCUGCUGGUGGAAUUGAAGCAUUGAGUGCGCUUUUGCGACAAGCUGCUGAUGCACUAGUUCGUGAAGAAGUUACUGCCGUACUUUGGAACCUUUCUAGUAGUGACGACUUGAAAAUGACGAUACUUGAACAUUCAACUGAUGCAAUAGUUCAGCGAAUUAUAGUACCUGCAUCUAACAGAGUAAUUCAAAAUGAUAUGAAUUCAGGCAGAUCUUAUAACAUUAAUAUUUUUCGAAAUGCAUCUGGUGUACUAAGAAAUAUAUCAGCGGCGUCACCACUUGCUCGUAAAACACUCCGUAACUGUCCACAAUUAAUUGAUGGAUUAUUUUAUUUUUUAACUCGAGCUGUUUCGAAAAGUCAAGUGGAUUCCCGUACUGUCGAGAAUGUUGUUUGUAUUCUACGUAAUCUUAGUUAUCGCAUUCAAGAAGUUAAAGAACCGAACUAUAAACCUCUGAAAAUUGAAUUAAAUGGUUCAAAUCGAGAAAGGAGUCGCUCCGCUCCAUCAGGUAGUCCCAGAAUUAAGAAAAAAGAACCAAAAAAAAAGAAAGGCAAACAUGAAGCUACAGUCAGCGAAGUUCCUCCAACGGGAAUACUAUUAUUAUGGCAGCCCGAAUUAGUUCGUCUUUAUUUGAAAUUGCUGCAAGAGGCAUCGAAUUCGGAAACGCUUGAGGCUUCUGCAGGAGCCAUUCAAAAUCUUGCUGCUUGUCAUUUUGAACCUUCUGUGCAAGUUCGUGCUGUCGUCCGGACUGAAAAAGGCUUACCCAUUUUAGUGGAACUUCUUCGCUUGAACGAUGAUAAAGUUGUUUGUGCUGUAACAACUGCGCUUCGGAAUCUUUCACUUGAUCCGCGAAAUCGAGAAUUAAUUGGGAAAUAUGCAAUGAAAGAUUUAGUUGCUAAACUUCCUCGAGUAGAUCAACAGUCUCGAAAUCAUCUAAUUAGUGAUUCAACGAUUGGAGCAGUCUUAGGUAUACUAUUCGAAAUGGUUAAAUAUUCUGCAGAUUUUACAAGGAGUAUUCAUGAAUGUGGUGGUACUGAGCGUUUGCGCUUAUUAGCACGAUCCCAUCCAUUAUAUAGUGCUCGUAUUUGCAAAUAUGCUUCACAAGUAUUAUAUAUGAUGUGGCAGCACAAAGAUCUGCAUGAUGGUUUCAAACGCAGUGGUCUGAAGGAAACUGAUUUCUUCUCAGGUCCGGCAUAUAAAGCUCGAGAUACAACUACUUUGGCCAGACCAAUUUCAUCACAAGGAGCUGAACGACCUGUAAAUCUUCGAAGUGAAAUUUUCGAUGAUUCUGCUAGUGCGUGUGAUACAGCGAAACAUGAUGAACAUAUUAGGCUGGGAUAUUCAGAAAGUCCAAGGUCAGUCAAUCAAGAUCGCACUUUCUUGCUAGAUCCAUCUAAUCGUUAUCAGUCACAAUCGCCAGUAUCUUGUCAGCAACCUUAUGAACCUUUAUAUGCUUCUGUUCAUAAAUAUGGCAACACAAGGCGUCAAUCUGCUGGUGGAGAUAGUUGGGUUUGA